AUGGAAGUCCAAUCUUCCUUGGCAGUCAUCAUCUUCUUCUCACUGUCAUUGCUUUUGCUUGCAAAGAAAUACAAGCAAAAGAGUCUCCAUAGACUGCCACCAGGGCCAUGGAAGCUACCUAUCAUAGGGAACCUGCAUCAACUAGCAGUAGCAAGUUCACAUCCUCAUCGUGCUCUCAGAGAGAUAGCCCAAAAAUAUGGACCCUUGAUGCACCUACAACUAGGUGAGAUUUCUGCAGUGAUUGUAUCAUCCCCCAACAUAGCCAAGGAAAUAAUGAAAACAAAUGAUCUUGCUUUUGCACAGAGGCCGAAAUUUCUUGCUUCUGAUAUUAUGGCCUAUGGAUCAGUGGACAUUGCUUUUGCUCCAUAUGGUGAUUACUGGAGACAAAUGAGGAAAAUAUGUACAUUGGAGCUUCUAAGUGCAAAGAAGGUUCAGUCAUUCUCCCAUAUUAGGGAAGAAGACGUAGCCAAACUCAUAGAAACAAUUCAGUCAUCUGCUGGUGCACCAGUCAAUCUUUCUAGAAGAAUUGACUAUUUCGUAUGUACCUUUGUUUCUAGAGCAACAUUUGGUAAAAUAACUGAAGAUCAAGAAGAAUUUUUAUUGGCUGUAAAGGAAUCGAUAGAAGUGGCAGACGGCUUUGAUCUUGCGGAUAUGUUUCCUUCUUCUAAACCUAUACAGCUCAUUACAGGGUUGAAAACCAAAUUGGAUAAGAUUCAUAAGAAGCGUGACAAUAUGUUAGAGAAGAUCAUAAAGGACAAUAAAGCAAACGAAGGCAUGGGUGAAGAAAAAAAUGAAACUCUUGUUGACGUUCUUUUAAGAGUCCAAGACAGAGGCAACCUUGACCCCCCGAUUACGAACAACAAUAUCAAAGCUGUGAUUUGGGACAUAUUUGCUGCCGGAACAGAUACUUCAGCAAAAGUACUAGAGUGGGCAAUGUCAGAAAUGAUGAAAAACCCGAGAGUUAGGGAGAAGGCACAAGCUGAGAUUAGACAAAUAUUGAGAGGAGAGAAGACGAUACAUGAGAACAACCUAGGCGAACUUACCUACUUAAAGGCAGUCAUAAGAGAAACCUUGAGGUUACAUCCACCUCUUCCAUUGUUGCUUCCCAGAGAAUGCAUAGAAUUAUGCAGGAUCGAUGGAUAUGAUAUACCCAUCAAGACUAAAGUCAUAGUGAACGGAUGGGCAAUUGGAAGAGAUCCUGAGCACUGGCAUGAUGCUGAGAGCUUCAUACCAGAAAGGUUCCAUGCUACAUCUAUCGAUUUCAAAGGAACAGACUUUGAGUACAUCCCGUUUGGGGCAGGAAGGAGAAUGUGUCCGGGCCUCUCAUUCGGUAUAGCCAAUGUUGAGUUUGCUCUAGCCAAAUUACUGUAUCACUUCGACUGGGAACUCCCAGAAGGAAUGAAACCAGAGGAUUUUGACAUGGAUGAAGCAAUUGGAGCCGUGGUUGGAAGGAAGAACAACCUUCACUUGAUUCCCAUUCCGUAUAAUGCUUCAAUUCAUGAUAAUGGCAAAUGA